ACUCACUCACACAUUCAUUCAUUCAUUCACUGCCAAGAACACCACUGUCAGCUUCUUUCAAGUAACCAUGCAAGAACCUGUUGGGAUUCCUGCUUGUUAUCCAACAACAAUAACCAGGUCUGGGCAGAGUGUUUUCAUGUCUGUUUUUCGUACAAAGAUCGCCGACCAGUGCCAUUUGAUCACCAUCACUUGGUGCAAGAACCUGUUGCUUAAUGGUCUUUCAGUAUCAAUCUCAGGUCCCGAAGGAGAGACUACUCAACAAUAUAACUGCAAAGUUGAGUUUAAACCAUGGUAUUUUGGGAGAAAACAAGGCUCCAAACACUUCAUCGUCGAUGGUAAUAAAGCUGUUAAUGUCUUUUGGGACCUUAAAGCAGCUAAAUUCAAUGGCGAAACCGAACCCAGUUCUGAGUACUACGUUGCCGUUGUUUAUAACGAAGAAGUUAUAUUACUUGUUGGGGAUUUAAAGAAAGAUGCUUAUAGGAAAACUGGUUGCAGGCCUGCACUUAUUGACCCCAUUUUAGUUUCGAGAAAAGAACAUGUAUUUGGGAAAAGGAAAUUUUGUACGAGGAUUAAAUUUGAUGAGAAAAGUAAGUUCCAUGAGAUAUCAAUUGAGUAUAAGAACAAGGAUGAGCCUGAAAUGGAGAUAAGGAUUGAUGAACAUUUGGUCCUUCAUGUGAAGCAUCUUCAAUGGAAGUUUAGAGGGAAUGAAUCCCUUCAUGUUGAUAAAGCAAGUGUCGAAGUUUAUUGGGAUGUUCAUGAUUGGCUGUUCUGUCCUGGGUUAAGGCAUGCCUUGUUUAUAUUCAAGCCUAUUCCGCCAUUGUUGACUCAGAAAGGAAGCUGUGGUUCAUUGGAAAGGGUGAAUCCAGGUUGAUUUCUUUCGUUAAAAGAGAGGAUUCUCCAAAAGAUAACUAUAAACUAAAAUAGGUACUGUAAAACAUGAAAGGUAAUAUGUAUAUCGACAUGAAAGGUUCCAUCAUCGUCAUCGUCACCAAAUGGGGAUUUCAAUCUUCAUGUUAUACAUGGGCCAGCAUGGAGUGGUGAGGAAGCACAUUGGGUCGAUAAGGGUGUGGGAGAGAUGUCGGGAAUUUACAGCUGUGAUUGAAACAAGUGGCUAGAAUUGGACAAGACAGAUUGUAUCACCAUCACAUACUCUUUUUUUUCAUUAUUCUCACAUCUAGAUUCAUCUUGCCAUUUUAGACCUUGCAAUUCGUGUAUCAUGUCUGUUGAAUGUAAAUUUUAAGAUGAUGAUAAUCAGUUUAUCUUGCAUAAAUUUACUACUUUUUUGUUA